AUGACUGUAAGCAGCUCAGAUGUGGACCAGAAGAACAUGAGAAAAUAUUUGAGUAGUUCCUGCAUUUCAGUGUUUUCCUGCAAGGGGCCGUCUUCUCCAACAAUCAAGAAUAUCAUAAGUAAAGCCAAAGCAGGAUCAGAGUCUAAGGACGAGGAAGAUGGUUCAAAAAUGGACACCAAACGUACCUCUGUUUCUCAGCUGCCCAGGAAAAUGUGGGGCAUUGAUGACUUUGAAAUUGGGCGGCCACUUGGGAAAGGUAGAUUUGGAACCGUUUAUUUGGCUCGUGAACAAAAUACCCACUUCAUCCUAGCCCUAAAAGUCAUCUUCAAGUCUGCCCUGGAGAAAUCACAAUUGGAGCACCAGCUCCGAAGAGAAAUAGAAAUUCUGAGUCAUCUCAGGCAUCCAAAUAUUUUGAGAUUUUAUAACUACUUUCACGACAGAACUCGGAUCUACCUGAUGUUGGAAUAUGCUCCAGGAGGGGAGCUGUACAAAGAGUUGCAAAAACAUGAGCAUUUUGAGGAGACUAGAACUGCCACGUAUAUAGAAGAAAUAUCUGAUGCUCUGAUAUACUGCCAUGCUCAGAAAGUGAUCCACCGAGAUAUCAAGCCUGAAAACCUCCUGCUAGGACUUAAAGGGGAACUGAAGUUAGCAGACUUUGGCUGGUCCGUGCAUGCUCCGUCACUCAGGAGGACAACAUUUUGUGGCACGACAGAUUACCUUGCCCCAGAAAUGAUUGAUGGGAGAACCCAUGAUGAAAAUGUUGAUGUCUGGUGUGUUGGUGUUCUAUGUUUUGAGUGUCUUGUGGGGUAUGCGCCAUUUGAAGCACCCACCCGCAAUGAAACAUACAAAAGAAUUGCAGAGGUUAAAUUCACAUUUCCCACAUGGAUCCCUGAUGGUGCUAAGGACCUUAUUUCAAAAACACUUAAGCGCACUCCUUCUUUGAGGCUGUCUCUCAAAGAAAUAAUAAAACAUCCAUGGGUUAAGAAGAACUCAAGGAGGAUUUUCCCACCAGUUUAUAAAGCAGCUGAACAAUAA